AUGGUUUCGUUUAUUAACCCCCAAAAUCACCACUCCAUUAUUAUCUCAAACGCCCACAUUCCCCACCACCCCUCAACAACUCCAUUUGGCUUUUCCCAUUCCCUCAAUUCUUCACUGUUUCUCCUCAACUCAUUCUUCUCCACCUCAACCUUCUUCCGCAUUUUCUCUGACCAAAAAGCUAAAUCUUUCCACUGGAAUUACGCUCUUGAUGGAAUUCACCCUAGAGAAAAUGGGGUCAUCGGGGAUAAAGGGCCAAUCUUUGCUGCAGUUUUGUUGCGAUGGCUUGGGUCGAAUCCGAAGCAUCUGAGGAGGUAUGGUUCCAUUCUUGAGAAUUUGCAAAGUAGGCCAGAUUUAUUGGAGAAAAUCAAGGGAAUUAUUGUUGAUUCAGGAGGUGACUGA